AUGGAUCCGCGGGGUCUGAUCGUCGAGACUACUGAAUUGACUGUGAACGCAACGGAUAUGUAUAAAAUAAGUCUAACACAAACAAUCACAUUUAUGUCACUGAUAUCCGUGAUGUUUUUCUGCUCCUUUCUGGGCAACGUGAGCAGUCUCUAUGUGAACUCCAGACGCAAACUGCGUCCUUUCUUUCGCGCCUGCCUCAUCUCGCUGGCCUGCAGCGAUCUAAUCUAUAGCAUUAACUUUUUCAUCAACAACAUUAGCUAUUUCAGUGCCGAAUACCUGGAAAUUUGGACGCUUGGCUCAUUCAUGUGCAAUUUUGUGCCGCUUGUCAAUGCUGCAACUAUUUUGUUGAGCAGCAUGGUACUUGUGGUGAUUGCCUUGGAUCGCUAUAUGGUCCUAAGACGUGCUGCGAAAGGCGUUUGGAAUCCCGACUGUAAAUUCUGCAUCAUCUGCAUUGGCGGCAUUUGGCUAACAUGUAUUGUCACCGCAGUCCCAUUGGUUACCAUCUACAGGGCCUUUGCGGUCCAAAUAAGCACGGAGGAUGAAGUGUUCACAGCCACAAUGUGCCUCGGUAAAAGGGUGACUGAAAUAAUUUGCAUUUCUAUUUAUGAUUUAUUUUUAUGUCAUACACAGAGCCAAGUUAGAAUCUACAAUAUCGUUUGUCUUGCCCUCAUCUUUGCCCCGUGUCUUGUGGCCUUUGUGUUCCUCAACGUGACCAUUGCCAAGCAGUUGUGGCAGCGGCGUCAUCAGCAACGCAAUCGCCCAGAGCAAGAGCAAGAGCAACCAGAGCGACAGGAUGAGGCACGGUAUGUGUAUCUGCUGAGCAAGCCGGAGACAGCGUAUGCCAUGAUGACCGCCUUCAGUGUGGCUGCCUCCUUCGAUAUGAGCGGAACAGCGGCAGUGGCGCCGUCGCAGCUGCAGAAGCUGGAGCUGCCCGAGAAGCUGAGUCCUGCGGCAGUAGCACGCCUGGCACGUCAUCGACGCAUGGUGCACGUGGUGAUACUGAUGAUGGGCAUCUUUAUAUGUUUACGGCUGCCCGCCUGGGUCUUUCUGCUUAUGCGCCUCUACGGAUCCUUUUCCUCAUCGAUCAGCUAUCUGUUCUACUUCUCUUUGGGUGUGCUCAACUUGAUGAGCUGUGCGCUAAAUCCGCUCUUUUACACCUUUCCCACGCAAGCCAUCAAUUUGCUGUCGCGGCUCAGGGAGACGCUCGGCUGUGGCACGAAAUCGCAGCAGGAGUCAGAUGUGGCCAUGCCCAAGGAUUCGUGUAAGCAGCACAAACGUUGUUUCUGCUUUGGAUUGCAGGUCAAAUGGCGAUGCUAUUUGAAAUCGGAACAGCCAGCGAAUUCCGUUCAAGUGGCAUCUCCUGUUGUUGUCGACAGCCUGCCUCCAUCGACUGGCUUCAAAGGCGACAUAUUCACCAUCUACAGCGAGCACUCGCUACAGUCGACGGCGGCAAUUGAAUCCUCCGCCAAGUCGAGCUGA